AUGGGAAAAAAGCGAGUUGCUGUAAUUGGCUCUGGAGCAUCUGGACUUCCAUCAAUUCGUCACGGAUUGUUGAAUGGAUGCGAUGUGACUUGUUUUGAGGCUUCAAAUGAUAUCGGAGGAUUGUGGAGAUAUAAAUCGCAUGAGACUAAUGGUGAGCUUAGCUUUUUCUCGGAGCUGUUCAACUCCAAAGUUUUCAGAAUCUUCUGUGAUGAAGACUACGGUAAUCAAUACUUCGAAAGAAAUGACUGCUUAUUCGGAUUUCCCUCCACAACCACAUCUUGCAAACUUUAUGCACAAUUUGGAGAUGUUGAAUUACCUCAAGGCAUAUGCUGAACAUCACGGAUUGAUAAAACAUAUCAGAUUCAACCAUAAGGUUUUGAAUGUUGAAAGAUCUUCAAGUUAUGCAGCUGAUGGUACAUGGAAAAUCACAUAUCAAACCCCAGAAGGACAAACCAAGGAAGAGAUAUUUGAUGGAGUUCUCGUUUGCUCUGGACAUCACGCGAUUCCACAUUGGCCUGUUCCAUUCAAAGGACAAGACACCUUCAAAGGACGAAUUAUUCAUUCACACAGUUAUAAAGAUCAUCAAGGAUAUGAGGAUAAGAUUGUGGUUGUUGUUGGUGUUGGUAACUCAGGAAUUGAUGUUGCUGUUGAACUCUCCAGAAUUGCUAGACAAGUUUAUCUUGUCACUAGAAGAGGAACCUGGCUUAUCCCUAAACUUGAGACUCGAGGAUUGCCAUUCGAUGUUAUCAUGAACACCAGAUUCUUCUCGCUUUAUAAGUUGUUGCCACAAAGCUUGUUGAACACUUUUGUGGAAUAUCGCGUUAAUCAAAGAGUUGAUCAUGAUUUGUAUGGAUUGAAGCCAAAACAUCGAGUGUUCAGUGCUCAUCCAUCACUCAAUGAUGAACUUCCAAAUCGAAUCGCCAAUGGAACUGUUAGAAUCAAGCCGAACAUUAAAAACUUUGAUGGCUAUAAGAUUAACUUUGAAGAUGGAACAACUGUGGAACAUGUUGAUGAAAUUGUAAUGUCUACUGGGUUCUCUUUUGAAUUUAAUCUCAUCGAACACGGAAAACUCGUUCCUGUCAAUGAAAACGAAGUGGAUCUUUAUCAAUAUAUGUUCCCGACUGCUACUUCGGAUCAUAACUCACUUUGUAUUAUUGGUCUGAUCCAACCGUUUGGCUCAAUUAUGCCUGUCUCCGAACAACAAGCACGGGUUUUCUACGCUAAUUUGGUGUCAGAUAAUAAUAUUAUUCCAAGAAAAAGUGAUAUGGAAGAAUCAGUUCAUAACAAGAAAUCUGCAAUGGCUGCACAAUUUGUAAAAUCGAGAAGACACACAAUUCAAGUCGAUUAUAUUCCAUACAUGGAUGAACUCGCUGAACUUAUCGGAUGUCAAGUUCCUGUUUUGCGAACCUGGCUGACUGAUCCAUUUUUGGCCUAUAGAUUGUUCUUCGGACCAAAUGCUGGAUAUUGCUAUCGAUUAAAUGGAAAACACACUUGGGAUGGGGCUAGAAAUGCUAUCAUGACUAUUGAUCAACGUGUUAGACAAGCCACAACUUCGAAACCAGCUUCAUCCACCAAUUAUGGUUUUAUUUUAUUGGUCUCAUCUUUAAUCUUACUUGCAAUUCUCUUCUUUACUUUGUGA